AUGACCUCAGAAGGACGGCGCGCUCGCCACAAGUCACCUGAAGCCUUCACCUGCGAGGUGUGCUCUCUUUUUACUGCACUCGUCUGCUUUGCGGCCGACGACGAAAUGUGUGAGACACAUUUUGAGCAGACAAAUCAAGGUGGUGGCAGUGUGAACCAGCUUGGUGGGAUGUUCCUCAACGGGAGACCUCUUCCAGACUCCAAGAGGAGGAGAAUGGUGGAGCUGGCCUCAGAGGGGGUCCGGCCCAGCCAGAUCUCCAGGAUCCUGCGGGUGUCCACAGGCUGCGUCAGUAAGAUCCUGAGCCGCUAUAGACUGACUGGACUCCUGCAACCAAAAACCAUCGGAGGGAGCAGACCACGACUACUCACCCCUGCCGUCAUCGCCGCCAUCACUCAGCACAAAACGGACAAUCCGUCCAUUUUUGCUUGGGAGAUUAGGAAAAGUCUCCUUUCCACGAGGAGCUGCAAGGCUUCCAAAGUGCCCAGCGUGUCUUCCAUAAACCGCAUUUUAAGACAGAUCCCUCUGGAGCAAGAACCACCAUGGCGGGACAUCAACGCACCCUGCAGGAGUCAAGACAGAUUCUCCAGCACCUCCAUGGAGACAAAAGGCGUCCCUCAGAGAUUUAGGACCAGCUUCACUGAGGAGCAGAUGAACAUCUUGGAGAAAGAGUUCUCCCAGAGUCAGUACGUGGACACGUACACCCGGGACAAGCUGUCCAACCAGACCCAUCUUCCAGAGGACACCAUCAAAGUGUGGUUCUCCAACCGGCGGGCCAAGUGGAGGAGGGAAGUCCAACAGAGCACUUCACACAGUGUCCCAACUCAGCAGGGCACUGGACCGUCCCGUGUGGGCUGUGAUCCUGCCCGGGUGUCCUGCAGCACGUCCCACAUCAUGUCCCUCAAAGGCUGCAGAGCCUCUGGUCCACCAUCACGCCAAACACACCAGCAGGAUGUGCGCUCCUUGGGGUGCAGAGACAAGAAGAAGACAGGACUUGUCUCCCGUGUGCCCCACCUGGAAGAAAAAGACAUGCUGUGGGACAGCAGCCAGCCAGUGGAGCACAGCAGUGACCCAUGA